UGACAUUUGACUCUCCAUUCUUUGACUACACUCCCUGAGUCGUCCACAAACUAAUCUCUCUCUCUCUCUCCCUCCACUAUAUAACGUACAAAAUCCUGCAUUUCAAUACAAAACUCAGACCAUUCCAACAAAAACCCCAUUUACCAGAAUUUCUGAGAGCCCCAACAAAAAGCUUCACAAAUUAUGGAGCUUUUUGAUUCUUCAAAGCACGGUACUCUCUCAGCCUUCUUCUCACACUACUCAUCAUCAUUCAUUACGUAUCCAGGUACCGAUUUUCUUCUCAAACCGGUUUUCAUACGUGGGUUUUCUGGCUCAUUACACCUAGUUUUGUUAUUUGUGUUGCUCGUCUCUUGGGUGUGGAAGAAAUUCAAGGUGGGUGAUGGAGAAGGUCCAAAACAGAGGUUUGGGAGUAUUCAAAGUUGGUAUUAUAAGCUAACUUUACUCUGUUGUCUUGGUGUUUCUGGGCUCAGUCUUGUUUUUUGUUUAUUGAACUACUUCUAUUGGCAUAGAAACGAUUGGACUGAGGAAAAGCUAGUGACCCUUUUUGAUUUAGCCAUUAGAACACUUGCUUGGGGUGCUCUUUGUGUCUACUUGCAUACCCAGUUCUCUAAUUCUUCUGAAUCAAAGUUUCCAAAUUUAUUGAGAGUUUGGUGGGGUUCCUACUUUUCUAUCUCUUGCUAUUCCCUUGUGAUAGAUAUUCUUCUGUACAAGGAACACGUUUCCUUGCCCGUUCAAUCUUUUGUUUUUGAUGUUGUCUGCGUCAUCUCGGGUUUGUUCUUUAUAUUUGUGGGGUUUUUUGGGAAGAAAGAGGGCAGAAAUACCGUUCUUGAGGAACCCCUUUUGAAUGGUAAUGGUAAUGCAGUGUCAAAUAAUUCCAAAGGGGGUACACCUGUUACCCCUUAUUCAAAUGCUGGAAUUUUCAGCAUCCUUACUUUUUCUUGGAUGGGUCCUCUAAUUGCGGUUGGCAAUAAGAAGACAUUAGACCUUGAGGAUGUUCCUGAACUAUACAAGGGUGAUAUGUAG